UUGAAGGUCAUGGUCAGAGUCAGAGCGGAAGCCUGUGAGACGCCACCGUGCUAACAGCUAACACCGGGGUAUAGUUACCCGAGCCAACAGGAGCACACACACCUGCAGCGCGGAUCGACACUCACACAUACACACACACCGUCCCUCAUGUUGCUGCGCCCCUGAAGUAGCUUCUUGAAGCUGCCCGUGCACGCGGACAUCUCCAUGGCGACAGAGGAGCUCUACGAGGUGGAGCGGAUUGUGGACCGGCGCAGGAACAGGAAAGGUCGGGUCGAGUACCUGGUCAGGUGGCGAGGGUAUGGCGCUGAGGGCGACACCUGGGAGCCCGAGAGUCACCUGUCCACCUGCAUGGCGUAUGUCCACCAGUUCAACCGCCAGAACGCCGAGCGCCACAGAGACGGCGCCUUGCUGCGCUCCACACGCAGCACGCCUAACCUUCACUGGGGCCCCGUCCACAAAGCGCCCUGCAAGCCACAUGCCUCUCGCGGCGACGUCGAUGCGGACAUCAGAAGCGGUUCGUGCGACCGUAACCAGGCGAGGUCUCCUCCGAGCCCACCUCAGUUGCUGCCUGCCAACCUGCCCCGCCCCCUACAACAGCCGCUGCCGGCUGACAGCUUUGGGCUGAUGUCGGCGUCUCCGGCCGGCCCCGCCCGCCGUAGCGUGGACUUGUCAAAAACAGGCAUCAAGAUCCUGGUCCCAAAGAGCCCGAUGAAUGGCCGCCCAGACGCCGAGGAGUCGCCCAGCGAGGCGGCACACAGCCUGGAGGCAGGCGAGGCUCAGCUGGUCCCACCAGAGGUCGCUCUGCUGGAGAAACCGCCGUCAGGGAUCCAGCUGGGGCCUGGAGAGGAGCGAGCGCGCAUGGGGACCCGACCCCGCAGUCAGAACCCACCGCCGCCACCACGAGCCCCCAUCACGCCAGCUGCCAUGCGCUCGCUCAGUGGCAGAGGAAAUUCGCCACUGAUUGAGGGCGUCGCCGUUGGUGGGAUGUCGGGUCUGCAGAGUGCUGUUGCCGGGGCGACCACGGUGACAGGGAAGCGGCGCCUGGAGGAGCGCUCGGCGUUCGACAAACGGCUUCGCUUCAGCGUGCGUCAGACGGAGAGUGCGUACCGUUACCGUGACAUCGUGGUGAAGAAGCAAGAUGGCUUCACCCACAUCUUGCUGUCCACCAAAAGCUCUGACAACAACACGCUCAACCCGGAGGUGAUGAAGGAGAUCCAGAGCGCCAUGGCAACAGCGGCGUCGGACGACAGUAAGCUGGUGCUGCUCGGCGCCGUUGGCAGCGUUUUUUGCUGCGGACUGGACUUCCUGUACUUCAUCAGACGCCUGACGGACGACAGGAAGAAGGAGAGCAUCAAAAUGGCCGAAACCAUCAGGACCUUCAUCAACACCUUCAUCCAGUUCAGGAAACCCAUCGUGGCGGCAGUGAACGGGCCGGCCGUUGGCCUCGGCGCCGCCAUUCUGCCGCUGUGUGAUGUGGUGUGGGCCAAUGAGAAGGCGUGGUUCCAAACACCGUACACGGCGUACGGCCAGACGCCCGACGCCUGCUCCUCCUUCUCCUUCCCUCGCAUCAUGGGGCUCGCUGCGGCAAACGAGCUGCUGCUCAGCGGCAGGAAGCUGACAGCUCAGGAGGCGUGUCUUAAAGGGCUGGUAUCUCAGGUGCUGUGGCCGGGGACCUUCACACAGGAAGUGAUGCUGCGGAUUAAAGAGCUGGUCGCCGUUGACUCACUGGUCCUGCGGGAGUCCAAGGCCCUGAUGAGGAACACGAGUCGCAGUGCUCUGGAGCAAGCUAACGAGCGCGAGUGUGAAGCCCUGAAGAGGGUCUGGGGCUCCUCGCAGGGAACCGACGCCAUCUUGCAGUACCUGCAGAGGAGGACCGAGCUCUGCUAGGACCACAACUGGAACUGUGACCAGGACUCGGGCGCUGACUGAAGCGUGGCGGAUUCUGAGAAAGACGCCGACAUGUCCGACUGAGGACGGUGCCUCCUCUGCUCUCUGUAAACUAGCCGCAGCGGGUUAGCUGGCUUGGAUCCAACUCCGCUGACGGUCAUCCUGUCAUGGAUCUCUAUGCUCCUCCCACUGUACUUUACCUCCCGUUUCUAAGCUCCGCCUCCUCAUGACAUCAUGCCACCUGACUGGACAGAAAGAUAAUAAACAUGGCAAUCAGACUGUGA